UAAUUCCUCCUGCCUGCAACUGAAGCCGGAGGGGAGCAAGAGAAGGGGAUUGGCUUGUGGCACAAGGCGAUCAGAGUAUAGCUUAGAUAAAAAAAAGAGGCUGGCUGGCGGAAAACGCUCACUCCUCCACAAGAGCUGCAGCUCUUGUCAAUUUCUCUGGUCAAUUUCUCUUUCCCACUCACUGGUUGUGCCUCUUUUCUGCCUGUGUCGUCUGGCUAGAUACCCUCCAGCUUCUAACACUCUUGUCUGUGUGUAUGUAUGGAGAGGGAGAGCGCUAGAAGUUCAUUGUUUUUCUCUUCCUGCUCCGGUGACUGUUCUUAGAAGCAGCAGCCGCGGAGAUGUUACAAACCUAGCCAUGAGGUUUUGCGAUCGUCCUGGGUUUCUGAAUGAAACUGACCAGGCUCACCUGUUACCUCUCAGUUUUUAGAUCACUUUGAACUUCUUGGUGGAUUCAACCCCCCUCUCUACACCCACAGGACAAGAAGGGAGCACCGGGGGGGAGCAUCGUCGGUAACGCAAGGAGACUGUACAGUGUUCUUCUGCAUCAUGGGCUGGAUCCGUCGGAUUGCUUUUCUUUUCUUGGGAGUAUUAUUACUAGCAGAAAGAGCAUGUUGCCAACAUGUCAAGAACAACGUGCCGCGGCUAAAAUUAUCCUACAAAGAAAUGUAUGAAUCCAACAAUAUAGUCACUUUCAAUGGACUAGUCAAUAGUUCCAGUUAUCACACUUUCCUUUUGGAUGAGGAGCGAAGUAGACUCUACGUUGGAGCAAAGGAUCACAUAUUUUCUUUCAACCUAGUCAACAUCAAGGAAUAUCAAAAGAUUGUUUGGCCUGUAUCUCAUACCCGUAGGGAUGAGUGCAAGUGGGCUGGAAAAGAUAUUCUGAAAGAAUGUGCUAACUUCAUCAAAGUGCUUAAGGCAUAUAACCAAACUCAUUUGUACGUCUGUGGAACUGGGGCUUUCCAUCCAGUGUGCACAUACAUCCAAGUUGGAGGGCAUCCUGAGGACAAUAUAUUUAAGCUGGAAGACUCACACUUUGAAAAUGGCAGAGGAAAAAGUCCUUAUGACCCCAAACUCUUGACAGCUUCCCUUUUAAUAGAUGGUGAACUGUAUUCUGGAACUGCAGCAGACUUCAUGGGCAGAGAUUUUGCCAUUUUCCGUACACUGGGUCACCAUCACCCAAUCAGGACAGAGCAGCAUGACUCCCGUUGGCUUAAUGAUCCAAGGUUUAUUAGUGCUCAUCUGAUCCCAGAAAGUGACAAUCCAGAAGAUGACAAGAUAUACUUUUUUUUCCGUGAAAAUGCAAUUGAUGGGGAGCACUCUGGGAAAGCCACACAUGCCAGAAUAGGACAGAUCUGUAAGAAUGACUUUGGUGGUCACAGAAGUCUUGUCAACAAGUGGACAACUUUCCUCAAAGCACGCCUGAUGUGUUCUGUGCCAGGGCCCAAUGGCAUCGAUACUCAUUUUGAUGAGCUACAGGAUGUGUUUCUAAUGAACUCAAAAGACCCUAAAAAUCCCAUAAUCUAUGGAGUGUUUACAACUUCCAGCAACAUCUUCAGAGGAUCAGCUGUGUGUAUGUACAGCAUGACUGAUGUGAGGCGGGUGUUCCUGGGUCCAUAUGCUCACAGAGAUGGUCCAAACUAUCAGUGGGUCCCCUACCAAGGAAGGGUACCCUACCCACGGCCAGGGACUUGUCCAAGUAAAACAUUCGGUGGCUUUGAUUCUACCAAGGACCUUCCUGAUGAAGUCAUUACAUUUGCAAGAAGCCACCCAGCUAUGUACAACCAUGUAUUCCCUAUCAAUAACCGCCCCAUCAUGAUCAAAACAGAUUUGGACUACCAGUUCACACAGAUUGUGGUUGAUCGGGUAGAUGCAGAAGAUGGCCAGUAUGAUGUCAUGUUUAUUGGAACAGAUAUUGGGACAGUUUUGAAGGUAGUUUCUAUUCCUAAAGAGACUUGGCAUGAUUUGGAGGAAGUUUUACUGGAAGAAAUGACAGUAUUUCAGGAACCAACAGCUAUUUCAGCAAUGAAGAUUUCCACAAAGCAGCAACAGCUCUACAUUGGCUCAUUUGUUGGAGUUUCACAGCUUCCCUUGCACCGCUGUGAUGUCUAUGGGAAGGCAUGUGCUGAGUGCUGCCUUGCUAGGGACCCAUAUUGUGCCUGGGAUGGUUCCUCCUGCUCUCGCUACUUCCCCGCUGCUAAGAGACGCACUAGACGGCAAGAUAUCCGAAAUGGUGAUCCUCUUACUCACUGCUCUGACCUACAGCAUCAUGACAAUCCAAGUGGACAUGGUCUUGAGGAGAAGAUUAUCUAUGGAGUAGAGAACAGCAGCACUUUCUUGGAGUGCAGUCCAAAAUCCCAGCGUGCUCUGGUUUACUGGCAAUUCCAGAAGCAAAAUGAUGACCGAAAGGAAGAGAUCAAAGUGGAUGAUUGUUUAAUCAGGACAGAACAAGGUCUUCUACUUCGGCGUUUACAGCGGAAAGAUUCAGGCAUUUACUUUUGUCAUGCUGUAGAACAUGGUUUCAUGCAAACACUUCUGAAAGUGACCCUAGAGAUAAUAGAUACAGAACACCUUGAAGAAUUACUUCAUAAAGAGGAAGAUGGUGAUAGUUCCAAGAUCAAAGAAGCUUCUAAUAGCAUGACCCCAAGCCAAAAAGUCUGGUACAGGGACUUUAUGCAGCUCAUCAAUCAUCCUAACCUCAACACAAUGGAUGAGUUCUGUGAACAGGUGUGGAAAAGGGACCGCAAGCAACGCCGACAAAGACCUGCCAAUGCCCAAGUGAAUACGAACAAGUGGAAACAUCUACAAGAAAAUAAGAAAGGCAGGAACAGGAGGACCCAUGAGUUUGAGAGGGCACCACGGAGUGUCUGAGCUACAGUUACCUCUAGGAAUUUUAUUCAAGUAGAAACUUGAAUAGACAGAUAACUGGAAAUGAAAUGCAAUACACACAUACUUUUCCAUGGCAUUUAUGUGGAUGUUUACAAAGAGCUGGGAAGCUCAAAUGAUUUCCCACUGGUUUAAAAUGAAACCAGAUUAUCAAUACCUUUCUAUUGGACCCGUCUCACUAAUUCUCACCAUUUCAAGGCUGUGAACUCACUAUAAGACUAACUUAUUGUUUUGUGGGUUCUGCAAUUAAAUUGACUUGGCAUUUCUCUUUGGACUGAAGUAUAAAAAUGUCAUCUACCAUGCUGCCAUAUUGAAAAGGAAUACAGGGGGUGGGGGGCAAAGUGGCUAUCAUCAGCAAGGUUACUUUUCUUGAAUUUAACUAAUACUGCAUGGACCAUGAAAAGCUGAUGAACACUUUCACACUUGGUUGUACACAAGACUUUUUCUUUUUCUUUUUGGUCUACUAGUUCUCUUGUUUAUAUAUGUACCGGAGGAAUGAAAUCAGUACUGUAUACAGUUGUCCAUUGGAGUUGAAUCAUCAUAAACCAUUAAUUAUCUGAAGUAAUGGCAACAGCAAGUGGAACACUCUGACCUACUACUGAUGACUUCCCUAACCUUUGACCUAAAGAUGUAUUUUAUUAAAACUAUAAUUUAAAUGUACCAUGACAAAUAUGCAGUCAAAGAUAGCUCUUUAAAAAUAGAAUAGGCUUUUUGUCUGACAGUAUUCUAAUAUUUUAAUUUUUUAUAGGGGAAAAGAAGCUUACUGGUUUAUGUUGCUCAAUUUUAUUUUAUUAGGGGUUUUUUCCUAAUUAAUUCUAAACAUGAAUCAAACUAUACCACUCAGCAGAAGUUCUAUAUGGUGAGUAACUGCCACCUAAUUUUUCCUUCCAAACUGAGUUGUUCUGGCAAAAGAGUCUCUAUUGCAUGGACAUAUUUCUCUCUCCUUGUUUCUUCCUAAUGAAAGACUUCAACUUGUAUAAUACAUUGAUACAAAGAGAAACACAUUGAAAUAAUGAAGUUGACCUAAGCUGUAUAUUUUCUUUAAUUUCAAAAGACUGAAUAGCAUUAAAAUAUUUGCUCUGCUCUUGACCUUA